GUUAGGGGAUGCUCAUAGUAAACUACUUUGCGAACAAGUUUGGUUUCUUUUGAAACAAGGUUAACAUGUUAAACCUCCAUUCCAUCUUGCAGGGGCAUGAUAGAGAUAAGAAUUGAAGGAUAGAGAAAGAAAAGUAGACUUAUCCGAAUCGGGAAACAAGAGGACGAAAGAUGAUCUUUCUCUGCCAGGCCAACCCUAUUUAAAUGCCAUUCUUUUACUGUGUCCUCUCGUUAUUUUCUCGUCCGUGCAGAGUUCUAACGUCAAAUCUUCUCAUUGCUUUAUCACCCACAACCUAUGCCUACUUUAUAGUCGUCCCAACCAGGCUUCGAUGAAACAUUUAAACCCAGAAUUUUACCAGGAAGAGGCCCACAAUGUAACCCAAUUUGAUUGGGAGGAUAGAGUACAAUGAUAUUAUUAGCAAAACUGAAGGGCUGAAUCCUACAGCAAACACCAUGUAUCCUUUUGAUUUCGAGGAUAUUCAAGACAAUCUCUCAGCUCAUUUUAGACCCUGGCAGCGCUCCAUUCAAUUCUGGGUUCGAGCUGCUGACAUAUAUACUGGCUACAAGGUGUUCCAACUUCGAGUGAGAUUGGUUAAGGAUGCGCAGAAACAGGAAGAAAUGUGGGAAAAGCAACAUGAGCUUGCUGCUGACAAGAUUUAUGGAAUGUGCUCUGAACUUGGCGGGUUCUUCCUCAAGAUUGCUCAAAUUAUUGGAAAGCCUGACUUGGCCCCAACUGCAUGGGUUCGAAGGCUUGUCACCCUGUGUGAUCGAGCUCCUGCAACACCAUUUGAUGCAAUUCAAGUUGUUCUUGAGAAGGAGCUAGGUAGAAGUAUUGGUGAAUUAUUUGAAAGAUUUGAUGUGGAUCCUCUUGGCUCUGCUUCCAUUGCACAGGUUCAUCGAGCAAGAUUGAGCGGUGACAAGAGUGAUGUUGUUGUCAAGGUGCAACAUCCUGGUGUUCAGAAUCUAAUGAUGACCGACAUCCGUAACUUACAAGUAUUUGCUUUGUACAUGCAAAAGACAGAUAUCAAAUUUGACCUGUACUCUGUGACAAAAGAAAUGGAAAAACAGAUUGGGUAUGAGUUUGACUUCACGAGAGAGGCUAGUGCGAUGGAAAGAAUUCGACAUUUUCUCUAUGAAAAUAACAAAAAGAGUCCAGUUAUGGUUCCAAGAGUGGUGCCAAAUUUGGUUACUAGGAGGGUCUUGGUGAUGGAAUAUAUUGAUGGAAUCCCAAUUCUGAAUCUUGGUGAUGAAAUAGCAAAGCGAGGAAUAAAUCCUCGUGGUAAGAUUGCAGCAGCAGCAAAGCAGAACAUACUCAAGAGCUUGACAUUGGCAUAUGGAAAAAUGAUACUGAAGAGUGGUUUCUUCCAUGCGGAUCCCCAUCCAGGCAAUAUCCUGAUUUGUAAAGGUUCAGAGGUUGCCUUGCUGGAUUAUGGACAAGUGAAGGAUCUUCCACAGAAUCUGAGGCUUGGUUAUGCUAAUCUGGUUCUUGCUAUAGCUGAUAAUGAUCCUAUGAGAGCAUCAGAGAGUUUCAGGGACCUUGGAAUUCGUACAUUCAGCAAAUGUCAGAAUGAAAAUCAGGAACUAUUCAAGUUAGCACAGACAAUGUUUGACACAAAAUCCUAUCCAGGGGUCUCAAUGCUGCAACCUUUCUCAGAAGAUUCUUCAAUUAAAAAAGUAGCUGUUGAGGCUUUUCCGGAGGAACUGUUUUCUGUUCUUCGCACGGUACAUCUCUUGAGAGGACUUAGUGUUGGUCUUGGAAUUAAUUACUCAUGUGCAGAGCAGUGGAAACCAAUAGCGGAAGAGGCUCUAUGUGUAGCUGGAAGAUUAAAAGGUUCUCUUUUCCUCUGGAUUCUGAAUGUCACAUUCUUACUGGUAUUAUUUCAGACAAGGAUCGAAAGACUAGGGGUACAAGGCGUGGCUUCUUCAGAAGAUUAUACUGGAAAGAGUGAUUAGCAAGUGAUUAGAGGGAAGUGUGAAUCAACUCCAAACCAUUUUCUGACGCGAACUAUGAGUUUGCCGAUAUUCUGAUUAGUGUUUCCGUAGGAUACUUGAUUUUUCACCUUGGUGAUUUCUAAGAGAUGUUGGAUAAUGUUUUGUGUGGAACAACAGCAACGACAUUGAAGGAUAAGCUAAGUUAUCUUUUUAGGUGGAUUCUAGUAUCUCAUUUCACUGAGUUAAGAGUUUGAAGAGAGUCAUGAGAAGCUCGUAUGUUCAUCAGCAGCUCUCAGAGGCAAGUUAUUUGAACUGUUUUUUGCAAAGUUUAACUUCAUGAUUCAUGUACAGUGACUUCAUUGAAAGAAUUCAUUGGUGAGUUGCAGUUAAUCCCCUGCAUACUUUUAUCUGUUAGACUGUUAGUUAUCCAAAGUUGAGUAUAUUAUUUUC